AUGGUUCUUAUUGAUUUUAAUUAUUUUUAGGCAAUUACUUUUAAGAAGCAAAUCAGUUAGUAGGAGGAGUUUAAUCUAUGCAUGCAGCAUUGGUCUUAAAGAAUUACUAUAUGCCCGAUUUGGCAUCAUAAGUUAUAACAUGUGAUAUAUCUUUUGAGUUUUGCUUUGGGAAGGUGCUUUAGGAUAGAAAAAGAUUAAGUGAAAAUAGGUUAAUUAUUCAAAAAAGUUUCUAAAAUUAAACUAUUUUAUGAAUUAGAAGCCAUAUGUCUAAAGAAAAACAUUAACUUUGGAUUCACAAUACUGAAAUUACCUGAUAAAAAAUGGCUUACAAAUGUUCUAUUUACACUAAAUGAAUAGAGCCCAAUUUUCGAUCACUACUAAGAUGCAGACAAAGUAGUUGGCUUGACAAAAGAUGAUGUAGUGUAAUAUAUGAGCUAAUAAAAGUUUAUUAAAAUCUUUGGAUAAUACUUUAGGAAGAAAAAAAUCUAUGAAGUUCUUUAAAAGAACUCAUAAGCAGGUGGAAGAAAAGAAAGUGAAAAUAGCCAAAUAAAAAUUAAAUAAUGUGAAAACUAGACUUAUUAGAAAGAAAGAAGAGUCAGAAAGAAUUGAAUAAGGAAUUAGGGCACUUCCAUAUAAAAUUUAGGAAAUCAUUUAGCCAUAGUAAUCAAUAUAAGAUGCACCUAUUUUAAAAAAAUAGUAAAAACAAUGA